AUGUGCCUGAAGUCGAGCUCUCUGAGGCAAAUCUUCGCCUUGGGUGUUGCCAAAGAAGGUCUGAAGUUCGGGUGAAGUAACUAGUUGUUUAAGUAAGGCAAGAAAAUAAUUGGGGAGAUGUUGAACGCCAACAGUCCGCCGAAGUUUCCAAACCACCAGCAGCAACCGAAUCCAGUCCAAUUCAUGCUGGGAAAAACCUCAUUCCAGAUCAAGAAAAAUGCCAUAACUGACGACUACAAGGUCACUAACCAGGUCCUGGGGCUGGGCAUCAAUGGCAGGGUUCUGGAGAUCUUUCACAAGAGGAGUGGGGAUAAGUAUGCUUUAAAGAUGCUUCAUGACUGUCCCAAAGCUAGGCGAGAAGUAGAGCUACACUGGCGGGCCUCCUCGUGUACCCACAUCGUCAGGAUUAUUGACGUCUAUGAGAAUUUGUACCAAAACAGGAAGUGCCUUCUUAUUGUAAUGGAGUGCAUGGAUGGUGGAGAGCUGUUCAGUCGGAUUCAGGACAGAGGGGACCAGGCAUUUACUGAGAGAGAGGCUUCUGAUAUCAUGAAGAGUAUUGGAGGGGCCAUUGAGCAUUUACAUGCAAUAAACAUCGCACACCGAGACGUCAAGCCAGAAAACCUCUUAUAUACCUCUAAAAGGCCCAAUGCCCUUCUCAAACUGACAGACUUUGGCUUUGCAAAAGAGACAACCUCACACAACUCGCUGGCCACCCCUUGCUAUACUCCUUAUUAUGUUGCCCCAGAGGUUCUUGGUCCAGAAAAGUAUGACAAGUCCUGUGACAUGUGGUCUUUGGGUGUCAUCAUGUAUAUUCUGCUCUGUGGUUACCCGCCUUUCUAUUCCAACCACGGAUUGGCUAUAUCCCCUGGUAUGAAGAAACGAAUCCGCAUGGGACAGUACGAGUUUCCGAAUCCUGAAUGGUCUGAAGUUUCAGAGGAAGCCAAGCACCUCAUCAGAACAUUGCUGAAAACUGAGCCGACACAAAGGAUGACCAUUACAGAGUUUAUGAACAACCCCUGGAUCAAUCAAUCAAUGGAGGUACCACAGACGCCGCUACAUACUAGCCGUGUGCUGAAAGAGGAGAAAGACACAUGGGAGGAUGUCAAGGAAGAAAUGACUAGUGCCUUGGCAACAAUGAGAGUCGACUAUGAGCAAAUCAAAAUCAAGAGGAUCGAAGACUCCUCCAAUCCACUGCUGAUGAAGAGGAGAAAGAAAGCUAUCAAUAUGGCUCCUGAAAACGAGACACCCUCUUGCUAAGGACACAUUCACUCUGUAGCAAACACACAUUUUACAUUAAGUUUGAUUUAAGGAAGCAAUAUCGCAACAAAGAAGUUAAAACAAGAGGUUUUUAUUGUUUUAUAUUUGCAUCUGAAACAUCUGUAACCAAUACAUCACUUCGCUACCAAAAGAAAGGGGCUGUACAAUUAUGGUACAAGACAAUACAUUUUGCAUUAAUUUUU